CUCGUAGAUGGCGGAGGAAUACGCAGCAGGGACGCCACUCGCAGUCGGAGGGCCCCUCCCCUUGCCCCGCCCAUUCCCUUAACUUCAGCUCAGCUGCUGGUCAGCCCCGCCUCCACUGACCCUGAUGUUGUUCCUCCGAGCAGGCCCCUCGUCUGCUGCCGUAGCCGUCGCAGCACGCCGUGCGUUCCUUCCCCCCUGUGCUGCCAUGAACACCGGCAGCUUCACGGUCUGGGAUGCCCUUAACUUCCGUGGCGGGAGCCGAGUGGAGCCCGCUGACAGCAGCGGCACUGAGGAGGCGUACGAGCCGGCUACGGGUCGAGUAAUAGCUACUUUCGAGUGUUCUGGAAAGAAGGAAGUCGAUUUGGCAGUGAAGUGUUCAAAACUUGCUUUUAGAGUAUGGCGCAGAAAAUCAGGCAUGCAGCGUUCAAGAGUCCUCCUGAAAGCUGCCCAGUUAAUUAGGGAACGGAAGGAUGAAAUAGCUACAGUGGAGUCCAUCAACAAUGGGAAAUCCAUCUUUGAGGCCCGAUUAGAUAUUGAUACAUGUUGGCAGUGCUUAGAGUAUUAUGCAGGCUUGGCCUCUUCCAUGGCAGGUGAGCACAUCCAGCUGCCUCAUGGGUCAUUUGGAUACACCAGACGGGAACCUCUUGGGGUAUGUGUUGGAAUUGGAGCAUGGAACUACCCUUUCCAGAUUGCCUGUUGGAAGUCGGCCCCUGCUUUGGCUUGUGGUAACUCCAUGGUCUUUAAGCCUUCUCCCUUCACUCCGGUGUCAGCGGUACUGCUGGCCGAAAUCUAUGCUCAGGCCGGGGUGCCUCGGGGGCUCUUCAAUGUGGUUCAGGGCGGGGCUGCCACCGGCGAGUUUCUGUGCCAGCAUCCUGACGUGGCCAAAGUUUCUUUCACUGGCAGUGUGCCCACCGGCAAGAAGAUCAUGGAGCUGUCGUCCAAGGGAGUCAAGCCUGUCACCCUGGAGCUUGGAGGCAAAUCUCCCCUCAUCAUCUUCUCAGACUGUGACCUAGAGAAUGCUGUGAAGGGAGCCAUGAUGGCGAACUUCCUCUCUCAAGGCGAGGUUUGCUGUAAUGGCACAAGAGUAUUUGUGCAAAGGGAAAUUUUGGACAAAUUCACAGAGGAAGUAGUAAAACAAACCCAGAAUAUAAAGAUUGGGGACCCUCUUCUUGAAGACACAAGAAUGGGCCCCCUCAUUAACCAGCCACAUCUAGAGCGCGUCCUUGGGUUCAUUGAAGAGGCAAAGAAACAGGGUGCUGAGGUGUUGUGUGGUGGCGACGUCUAUGUGCCAGAGGACCCCAAAUUAAAGAAUGGAUACUACAUGAGACCUUGCGUCCUGGCCAACUGCGAAGAUACCAUGACCUGCGUGAGGGAGGAGAUCUUUGGGCCGGUGAUGGCCAUCUUGCCCUUCGACACGGAGGCGGAGGUCCUGGGGAGAGCCAACGACACGACCUUUGGACUGGCGGCCGGUGUCUUCACGAGGGAUCUCCAGAGGGCGCACCGCGUGGUGGCCGAGCUCCAGGCCGGCGUGUGCUACAUCAACAAUUACAACGUCAGCCCCGUGGAGCUGCCCUUUGGGGGCUACAAGAUGUCAGGGUUUGGCAGAGAGAACGGCCGCGUGACCAUCGAGUAUUAUUCCCAGCUGAAGACGGUCUGCGUGGAGAUGGGCAACGUGGAGUCCGUGUUCUGAGCCGCCGAGGCCGGGAUGUGGGAAGGCCCCGGACAGGGUCCUGAGACGCCUCUCCUCCUCUGCGCCGUGCCCUUCCACACUGACCCCAGGAGCCGUGACGUUUUUGGCCAGCAGGAAUCCCUACAAGACCUCCGGGGGCCCCUCGGCUCUGGGGGGGGGGGGGUGCAUCCGGCCUUGCUGGACUUCUCUCUGACCUCCCUGAGGCGACCACGGCGGCCUGCGUGCUCAGACCCUCGGCUCGUCGUCGGGACGGGUGGCCUGACGAAAGGAUGAGAUGCCGUCCCUCCCGCGUCGUAGCGCUCGUAGCGACCCCCCUCCCCGCUGGCCUCAUUUCCCAGUCGGCCUUUCAGAGCCCUUCGCGUCACGCGGCCUCGGACGUCCUCCCGGACACGUCCGGAGCCUGCUGGGCAAAGCCGCCCGUUUUUGUCCUGUAUGUGGGAACGAACCCUUCACCUAAGGCCAAUAAACCACAGAAGCUCA